CCCCAGAAACAAGCUUCUACAUAUGGAGCUUUUAUUGAAGCUUAAGCUUUUGUCUAUCGAACGAGCCUUUACGAGGCGCUAGCUUUUUAUGGCGUUUAUGUCUGCUGGAGUCCUGCCUAGACUCGCUGAGCCUCGCUCUCUUUCAGUCACGGAAUCGUCCUGCAUUAGUGUAUGUAUAUUGCCACUUCCGGGAACUGGGAACGGGACCAUGAUCCGCAAGCUCGAUGCCCUCUAAGCUUUAGACUUCCCAGGCCAGGGCCUGAAGCAGAUAGUCACCUGACUCCACGUGACAGCGACUUCCUCAUUGGCCUGGUAUACAAGCUGGAUCAUUUACCUCCCCGGUCGGAUCCUUAACUUUCUCACAUAUUUUAGUCUCUCAUUCGAUAAUUUGCAACACCACAUUCCUCAUUCACUCAUCGCUUUAGAGAACAAUCACCAUGGUCUUCUCCAAAGACUCCAAGGAGACGAAGUUCGUCGAGAACAUUCCCAUCAUCGGAUACCUCGCAAGCGCUAUACACGCCGGAGCGGGCAACGAAGAACACACCAAGCGAGCAGCAGCUAAGUGUACUAAUUCCAACCUCGCCGUCAUUGGAGGCAUUGCUGGUGGUGUAUUGGGAGGUCCUGUCGGGGCCAUGGCUGGGGCUGCUGCAGGAAGUUCUGUGGGUAUUGCUAGUGAGCAUGGCAUUUCACAACAUAUCAAGGAUGAGAGCGUAAGAGAUCUUCCCAAGCUGAGACCCAAUGAUUGGAAAGGAGAUUGGAGCUAAGCCGUAUCAACUACGUGAGAGCUCAAGUUGGUAGCGUGAAGCCGGAGAUGUUCCUCAUUGAAGGUGCACUUUCGACUGUUGGUGGUGGGACUGGAGCUGCUGGAAAGGAGAUCACGAAGUCGUUGAUUAGGGAUGCUGGUGUUCAUGGAGUUGCUAAAGCAGCUUGUGGCUUCGCUGGGGGUCAGGUUGUGGGACAGACUUUUGCGGGGGUUCCAAAGGUUGCGAUAGACUCAGAAUCGUACAACUAGGAUACUUCGUCGAGUUGAGAUCUUCCAGCGAUCAAUCAACUAAUCAAUUCAAUCAAUACAAAGUUCCUG